CUGCAUUUCCCACACCACCAGUAAGCUGCGUUUGCGUUAAAAUGGGAGUCCCGACAGACAAAUUUCUACACGUGACACACUUCUGUUCGAGCCAUCGUAGAAGCUUAGUCUGGCUAUGCAUUGGUAUUAUAUCGACGGCGUACCUGCAUUUUAGCAUUCUCUCGUCAUAUCUUUGGACAUCGAGAAGUCAACUCGUACUGACCCAACAUUAUACCGAGAAGUUGGAAAUAGGACUCAGGAAGUGUGCUAGCUUCAGAAAGAGACCAGUCGAGUACGAGGACCCAGUUACACGUGGGCGAGCGAAUCCGCGUUGGAACCAUGUCACCGGCCAGAAAGAAGCUGUCGUGCUGCACAACGUCACACUCUUUGACGGUGAUAGAUGGGCUGAUACCCGCGUAAAUAUUGAGUUUGAGAAAGGCGUUAUCACAAAAGUUUCUCCCGUUGCCCUUGCGCUCGAAUUUCUUGGCGAUGCGAAGAUUGUCGACGUUGAGGGCCGACAUGUUACCCCCGGACUUGUGGACAUGCAUUCGCACCAUCUAGUUGGCACCUGGCCGGCAUUGUCCGCUACUGAAGACACGAAUGAGAUGAACGACAAAUCAGUGACGACAGCUACGGGGCCGUUAACUCCUUUCGUUCGUUCACUCGACAGCAUCAAGCCUUACGACAUUGCCACGGACAUUAUUCGCUCAGGUGGUAUAACGAGCUCCCUAAUUCUACCUGGCUCUGCAAACAUCAUGGGCGGCGAAGCAUACGCAGUCAAGAAUGUUUUGCGAGCUGGUAAAGACGGGGAAGAAAACGUAGAAGAAAUGCUGCUCGAGUACGGAGUUGCUGACGAAGACAGGAGGAGGUAUAUGAAGAUGGCAUGUGGCGAAAACCCUCGACGAGUUUACGACCACACUCGAAUGGGGAAUGCCUGGAUCUUCCGCAAGCACCUGCAACGCGCCCACGAGCUCAAGGAACAACAAGAUGCAUGGUGCCUUGCAGCCGAAGCAGCACGAGAGCGUGGUGAUGCUCGACUCAUCGCUUCCUUGGCAAAACAAGGACUACCAGAGCAGCUUGAGCUUGAAUCCACAAUUGGCAUGCUCCGUGGUCAGGUCGAUCUACACAAUCACUGCUACGAACCGGAAGAUUUCCAAGCCAUGUUUCGACACAGCAAAGAAUUUGGAUUCAGUAUUCGAGCCUUCCAUCACGCAAUAUCUGCUUGGAAAGUUCCUGAAAUGAUAAAGGCCGGAGGCGACAACAUAACGAUUGCCACCUUUUCUGACUUCGGAUUCUACAAGCAGGAAGGUUACGAAGCCAAUCUGUACGCCGGCAAGAUCCUCGAAGAACAUGGCGUUCCCGUGGCUUACAAGUCUGAUCAUGGCGAGGAAGCAACGAACGCGAAGUAUCUUCUUUUUGAAGCUCAAAAUGGGCAUCGUUUUGGCAUGUCCGAGCUGAAGGCGCUGCAGUCGGUGACAAGCGUGCCAGCACGAUCGCUCCGUCUCCAUCAUCGCAUCGGGUUUGCAAAGCCAGGAUAUGACGCUGACCUCGUUAUCUGGACAUCGCAUCCUUUGUCCGUUGGUGCCACUCCGAUUCAAGUUUAUGUGGACGGCCGCGAGACUCUAGACGAAAAACUAAGUAGGGAAUAUGUGGGCAGCCUGUCGAGUCCAAUGUCGCUAACAGAGCAAUCAAACCGCACACGACCACUCGCAGAGACGCCGAACAAGCAGAAAAGUUGCAAGAAUAUCUUUGAAACCUCAAGUGUCCAUAUUACCGGCAUCAAGAGAUCCCUUUUUCACAAGGCGGGCGCACUGCGACAGACCUUUGAAGAUCUGGCGAUUACAGUUGCAGAUGGUAAAAUUGCGUGUUUUGGCUCUGCAGCAAAAUGUUCUGACUUUAAUGUAAAUAGCGAGAGAAUUCAUCUUGAGAACGGUCAUGUUUUUCCUGGUCUCACUGCGGUGACCACCGGCCUAGGACUGGAGGAAAUUCCAGCAGAGAAGAGCACGGUUGAUGGAAGAGUUCCAGCUGAUUUGGAUGUAUCAGAUCCAAGUCAACUGAUAUACGCACGCUAUGGCAUCCGAUUGAGUGGCAAAGCGUUUGGACGAGCUCGCAUCGGAGGUGUGACUCGCGCUGUAUCAAUCCCUCAUGUAGACGAAGGUGGCUUUGGUGGCGCUGUUAGUGUCGGCAUUAAAACUAGCGAAAAUGAGAACGUGCUGGAGCAGGGGAUCUUUAAGGAUGAAGUAGGUUUGCACAUUGUGGUUGGUCAAGGCGCGAAGAAAAGCACUCAAACGGUUUCAGCUUCAGUUGCAAAGCUGCGAAAGCUGCUUGCUCAAAAUAGUGGCAAGAAUAACAUCUAUGGCAGCGUUGUUAAUGGUGAUACUCCUCUCGUCAUACAUACUGAGAAUAGGUAUGACAUACUUCAACUAGUAGCGAUCAAGCGAGACAUGCCAAACCUCAAACUUGUUCUAUUUGGCGGAGCAGAGGCUCCUCUAGUCGCAGACGCUAUCGCUCGAGCCAAUGUCUCUUUGAUAUUCACUCACCAUCGUGGCUCACCGGACAGUUGGGAGAAGAAGGACCUGCUCACUGGACCACCUCUGACGCGAUCACCGGUCGCGAUUCUUCAUGAAGCGGGCGUAAACUUUGCCCUCGCAAUUGAAAGUUCCGAAGGGAAUAGUUUCAUUCAUAAUCUUCCUAUUGAGGCAAGCUGGGCGGCGAAGUACGCAGGGUUGAGUGACGAAUACGCUGUUGCUCUUGUUAGCACUAAUGUUGAACGCAUUCUUGGCUUGAAGAGUUCUAACGACAUUGUAAUUUGGGAGGGAAACCCGUUGGAAUUUGGUGCAGCACCUGCUCUCGUCAUUGAUCAAGAUGCGGAACGCGUCGUCGGCUGUUGGCCAUUCUCAACGUAGUCAGUCGUGGUACAAAAAAGAAUCAUGUGUAGUUGUCAAAUUUGCUGCCCCUGAUAUGUAGAUUAUGCCUUGUUGAACUGUCAUUGUCCUCUCUUGGCGGAUAUACAGAGAGUAGAAUAUCUAGCUGGCGGAUUAUCUACACGGUAUUUUCAUUGAUCGUGAAACCGCUGUGAAGAAUUAGCAAGGUAUCAGUCUUGGC